AGUUUCAGGUCACGGUUAAUACGUUUCGGUUGUUUACGCGCUCGUUUUCCUUCGUACGCGCGAUUAUUCGACGCGAAGCUCGCACAAAAUACCCAGCCAGCUAAUCAAUCUAUCGUGACCGAGUCGGUAUGUCGUACAUACCUCGUUCCAUCGGUUCUAUUCAGCUUUAAAAGUCACUCGGGAAUCGGGAAUACACUGGCAUCGCGCUAUGAUAAACGAUCGAGUGCAAUCGAAUGCGCGUCGUUUCAACGAAAACAUCCGCGACAUUUGAUCGUCAGAAAGUUGUUUCGUCGACGCAAGAUAAACUACCGACGAACGUGUGCGAUAAAUUGACGCGUCAGUGGUUACCACCGGGAAUCGGUCGAUGAGGUUAGGGUGGAGGAGUAUUUGCGCGACGAAAAUUCGGAUACGCGAUGAUGCGGCUCUGACAGUUGGUCCGUAUCGCAACGUUGCGUUGAUACGUCGCUCGACGAAAGGUUGUGUGCAGUGCUCGAGGGCAACACGAUCGGCGGUGAUUUUGACAGCGCACCGUUAGAAGUGAGGUUAUAAUACGCGGGAGGUGGUGCGACGUCGCGUAGUGCGUGUACGUGUGCGUAUGCGUGUGCGUGGUGUGCACGGAGGACAACACGGCGAUAAAACGAUGACGGCGAUGUUAGUGUCCGUGGCAGAGCUGUCGAACAUUUUCUUCGUACUCGCGGUCUCGAUAUGCUUCUGCGGAGUCUUUCUAUUCAUUAUCAGGAACAUGAUCGUACUUCGUAUUCACGGCGACGAAUUGAUGUUUGGCGGGAGUGGAAGCGUAAUGACACAUUCGCCACGCAUACCUCAGAUGGAGAUGAUGAAGGUCCACAUUCCCUUCACCUUCAAGCUUCACGAAAGUUUCAAGAGCACUUACGCCGAGGUUGAAUGCGAGGUAUCGAGUCAAGUGGAAUAUUCUUUACAAGCAAUCUGGGGUGUCAGCAUAAGAGAGCUUCACCUGGCGCUUUGGAAACCCUGGAGCACCCUCAGAGACGCAUCCUUGAAUGGCACUCUUCUUCAAGGCCACGCGCAAUACCUCACGCCGCCCCAAACUAGACAACCCCACGGGGAGGAAACGCUCAGACUGUCGCUCCCAGCACCAGAAUUGGAGUUGGGAACACCCCCUCGUCUUUGCUAUCCUUUAGUGAUCUUCUUGACGCGCAGGGAUAACGGAGAUCCGCAUCCCGAUGAAACCGUGGCACUGGUGAACGUCGUCCACAUCAAGGAUAGUGUCUGCACGUUACCGACCUCGAUUCUGGCACAGUAUCUGAAGCAAGCUAACGGCCAGUUAUCCUGCCUUAAGCAACUGUACCUAGCAACGGGCAAUUCGACCAACUAUGACGAGGGUGAUGUGUCCUCGGGAUUGGGCUCAGCUCUGGCGCUCGCAGAACCAUGCAACAACAACGGUAGUUCGACGAGAGGUGCGUUGGUUGCUUCCGGCACUGGCGAUCCCGAAGGAUCGCUUUGGAACACGGCGGGAGAGCAGCUAUGCGUUGUUUGCCAAUAUUUUCCUCUGUCGCGCGCAUUAUUGCCUUGCAGGCACACGUGUAUCUGCGCCUCGUGUUUCGGGAAGCUCGACCGGUGUCCCAUGUGCAGAAGCCCGAUAAAGAGUUAUUUCUGCAUCAGGGGCGAAGAAUACAUGCCUCUCGAGACUGAGAUCAAUCCCUGCAAACAAAGGCAAUCGAGUCACGGACCUACUCACUGGCUACACGAUUGGAACGACAGGCUCACCGAUUUCCUUGGAUUUGCACGAUAGGAGAAUGCUCUACGCCAAGUUAAUAGCUGUUUUUCUACGUGGCAGUCGAUUCGAUUCGGAGAGUGUGUCGUUCGGUCGAAGAACAACAUUUAACUCUCUCUAAUCCAUUAGGAGUCCGAUAACUAAAUCACAGAUAGAGCAAGACACCCAUUUUAUUCUAAAUUGGUACGAUCCAAGAACUACGAUAGGGAUUAUCGAAUUGUUCUUCGAUUUAAACUUUCAGCAUGAUGGAAUGGGCGACGUGAACGUGAACUUGGACGAUGUUGAAGAAUACGCAUAAACCGAUCGUUCAAAAAUAUUUCUAUCGAGUUUCACUCUUCGCCAUGUCGAUGAAUCUAUACAUAGACUCUGUUAUGAGAAAUACGUUACACUGUCGUUGUAACUUUUUCAUUAUUUUUCGUGUUUUUGUUUUUACAAUUGAGCGCGAUUUCGAAGACAAGACACGGACACUUGGUUGGCGGUUAAGAUAAAAGAAGAAUGAAAACGAGUGAAAAACUUUGCGAUAGUGUCCUGGUAAACGGACGAGAGAAAGGAAAAUAUUCGAUAACGAAAAGAGGAGUUUCUAAACCAGAGACCACGGAAUAACGUUUCAGAUUUUUACUGCGUAACGUUGUAUAAAUACUUAGGGUGUAAAUGUAAAUACAAGAUAAAAGUAAGACGUAUCCGAUUCUAAAAUUAUAACUAACCGUUAAGUUAUCGAUAUUAUUUCAUACGAUACGCAAGUUUAUUCGGUAGAUAUAGAAAUAUUAGUUCCAAUAUGCAUGCCUUUAAAGUAUUCUCUUCCCCACCCUUCUUCCCAUUUCUUUUUUUCUUUCGGUACGGAUUAAUAAUCCGUAGGAAAGGAAAUCUUUUUCUCGCGAAUGCUCUGCCGUCCAUGUUCAGCGAUAGAGCUACUUUUCGUAAAGUUCAUCUUAUAGAAAACGCUACACAAAAAUAAGAACGUUGUUAAAGUAAUUUAAGAAGAGUAUCGCGUUAACGUUUAAACUGUAAAUACACAGACUGUGAUAAUUGUAAUAACAUCUAUUAUGUAACCAGAUACACGAAAGUGCUCUGAAUACGGGGCAUCGGAACGGAAGGAAUUGGAGCGGUGCGAAAAGGAACAUGAAAUCAUUUUCAGAUUUCACAUUCAACACAUAUAUGUUAUAUCAGCCUUUUUUUUUAUAUCUUCAAGGCACUUGCAUAGAACAAAAUGCUAAUACUCUCUCGUUAGGAGUUUGUAACGAAAUUGUUUAGAAAAACACAAUUUCAUCGGGGUUGUUCUUAAAAUUCAAGUAACAAGAAAGUUUAAGUGAAUUUAAAUCUUAACUGUUUGUUCUUAAUUUUCUUACGUUAAGUUACCAGAAAGUAAUGUUUUAAAAAUCAUAGUUUAACGAAAGAUGACCAGUGCGCAGUUACAAACCCCAAUUAGAAGUAUCGAAGUAUAUGGAACUAUACGUGCUAAUUCAAGAGUAAAGGCCUCUGAAGUCAAUGUUAUUAGAGUCGAAGAUCUUAACAUCCUAAUUUAUAUUUUAUUUAGUAAGUAUGGCAUUUCGAUGAGACGAUAAUGUCUGUAUGUGAGAAUCUGUAUAUAAUUUAUUUAAUAAAGCGUAUUCAUGCUGUCA